AUGCCAGACGUUGUUGACAAUGUGCUGGGUGUCGCCUCAGCGGAACCCGGCGCUAUUUUGUACGAAGCAUCAGAAAAAUUGCGCGAAGGAGCCACCGGUGUUUAUGAGUACAUACGUAUGAUUGAGGAUCAGAUGGAGAAGGCUGUGCGGCAAUGCCUUUUGGCCGCAGCGCAUCAGUUCAGCAUCGACUCACAAAAGAAGUUGCUUAAGGCAGCUGCACUUGGAAAGUCAUUGUUGCGGCGUCUGGAUGCAUCUCAGUUUGUGGAUAUAUGCCGUGUGAUAAGGGUGUUGAAUUCAGUACGAAAGCCGUAUGUUGGAUUGGCGCUCUCGUUUGCCCAGUGCGAAGAAUUGAAGAUGAACUGUUUGGUUGAUCGCCUUAUAGAUUUAGGCCAUUGGCCAUUGGCAAUAGCUAUCUGCCGGUACAUUAAAGAACCCUCAAAGAAAGGCAUACACCGUGUGCUCGCCCACUGGUCACUAAAGAAGGUCACUUCGUUUACACAUGUGGCCAUGAAAGCCGCAGAUGCUAAUUUGAAUGAAUUGGCCGAAUUCCUGCUGGAGAAAGAAACACACCUCAGCAGGCAGGUGGAAAUGUUGUUGAAGCUGAACAAACCUGAGAGGGCUUUGGCAAAGGCGGCACGAAGCCAGAAACCCGAUUUGCGUAAGCAGCCAGUUUGUUUGCUUAAUUUGAGCGCUGUGAAU